AUGUCAUACUCGGUGGUAUUGGGCUUCGUCAAGGAAGACGGACGUAUUGCACGUGGCCAUCGGUCACUGUCCUUGGGUGAAGAAGCGCAUUUCUGGAAGGAAAUAUGGAUUAUGGGCUAUGGUACGGCGUACAGUCAAACCUGGAGUUUGUGGAAGCAAAGAACAAAGGAGAGUCUGGUUGGGUGGAGAAACAGCUCUUGGCCUGAACUGGGGUGGUUCACGGUGGCUGGAGGUGAGGGAGAAAGAUGA